AUGGGAAUUCAUCUUCGGACUUUCGAUUCAGCAAGUAAGAGACAAAAUCCGCGUGCUGCCAGUGUCAAAGCAAUUCACCGGAGGUUUCUUGUUGACAGCGGGAAUGUUCCAGUUCACUAUAAGCCGGAGCAGGGAUCUUCUGUUCCCAAUAUUACCAUAAUCAAAGAGUUCAUCCUGUGGUGCAUGUACCGCACGCGUCCUACAAAAGGAAGUCUUCAACCAGAUGGAAGGCCCACGGUGAAGGCUACUCUGGUAUGCGCGGAGAGGGUUUUCAGUGGCCUUGAGUCAGCUACUGGGAACAAGGUCGCUGCAGAGGACCGUUCAGAUGUAUACAGGCAAGUUGCGAAAGUUGAUAAUGCCGGCCGGGGCUUACCUUUCCAUAGUGGAUCAUUGGAUCGAAUGGCCACUGAGGUUAUAUGA